CACGCAACAUGAACAACCAACAGUUCCGGCGGCUGCUGCUGAGCGACACACAGAAACAGCAGGAUGAUGGCACGCCCAAGCCGUCCUCGUCGCGCACGCCUGGCACCGUCUUGGGCGCGCGCAAACACUCCAGCAUACCCAUGACACCUCGCCAAGUAGGCAGAGGCUCUAUUCAGUCAGAUUUUGCCCGCCAGCUCGCCGAACGAAACGCAAAGGCCAACCCGCAGAGAAAGGCCAGAGCGUCCGCGCCCAAGGGAACGAAGCUCGCUGAAGGCUACACCGACCGCACCAAGGAGCGCGUGGACCCCGAGGACAAUGAGAUUGCGAAGCGCAUCAAGAACCUGGAGGAUGCCAUGAAAUUGGGCCAGAUCGACCGCGAGACGUUUGAGAACUUGGUGCAGGAGAUUACUGGCGGUGAGGUUGAGACAACGCAUCUAGUCAAGGGUCUGGAUAGGAAGCUCCUCGAGAGAGUGAGGCGGGGAGAAGAUGUCCUGGGCAGCGAGGAGAAGGUUGAAGAAGAGGAGCCAGGGUCAGAGGUGGAGGAUGCGUUCGACGAGCUGGCGGAUGAGGAUGUUGGCCCUGUUGUGCGUGAGAAGGCGGAGAAAAAGGGCGAGAGAAUGACCACACCACCGCCUGUCGCGGGAGUCAAGAGGAGUCGAAACGACAUCCUCAAGGACCUGAAGAGGCAGAGGGAAGAAGCAGCUAGGCUUGCCGCAGAAGAGCACGAAAAGAAGUAUCCAACCCUGGGGUCCGGCUUUCGGAAGGUCACUGCAAAGGAGACGUCGAGGGUCGAAGUUGACAACAGAGGCCGCGAAAUCCUUAUCAUCACAGGUCCAGAUGGCAAGGAAAAGAGGAAGGUCAAGAAGCAGAAGGUAGAUGACCAGCCGGCGCUUGAAGUGCGGCAUGAUUUGGACGACGUUGCGAAGCCGAUCAACAUGCACAAUCUGCCGGAGCCCAAGAAGGAAGAGUCCGAGGAGGAGGAUAUCUUCGAGGGUGUAGGGUCGAACUACAAUCCGCUCGCAAAUUUCGACGACGAAGACGACGAUUCGGAAGAAGAAGCCGAGGCCAAGGUGCCGGCUACCGAGCCAAAAGCUGCAGCCGACGAAGAUCUCUCAGAAGGAGAAGCAUCGGAAUCGGGCGAAGACGUCCCAGAAGCGUCCACAUCCACCCUUCCAAAACCCUCCGUAUCCGCAAAACCCGCAAAACGAGACUACUUCAAAUCUACCACUGCCAGCACCUCCGCCACCACCGAACCAUCCCUCUCUUCCGCCGACGCCACUGUACGUGCUGCCCUUGCCAAAGUCCGCAACCUCGACGAAAACUCCACACUUCUGCAAAACCUCUCCGGUGCCGACCCCUCCUCCGCCGAAUCCAAAGAAGCGCGCCUCAAGAAACGCGCCGCCGAGCUCGCAGCUACAGACCGCGAUAUGGAGGAUAUGGAUCUCGGGUUCGGUGCGUCGCGAUUCGACGAUGCAGAUGAGAUGGAGCGGGAAGGAGAGAAGGUCAAAUUUAGUGAGUGGAAAGGGUUGGGGGCCGGCGGAGACGAGGACGACGAAGAUGGCGAGAAGAAGAAAGCGGAGAAGAGGAAGAGAGGGCCCAAGAAGAAGAGGGGCGACAAGAAUAAUCCCGAGGACGUACUGAAGGCUAUGGAGAGGUUGAAGGAGAAGAAGCCCAAGACGUUGGGUUGAUGGUGUUUUCACGUCUCUGUAGGAAUAAUAUACUCUCUCGCGCCCUCUGUACUAAACAAUAC